UCGCCGGCCUCCCUCCCGCCGCCGGUGCGCGGCGCCCCGUCCCAGCCGCAGCCGCAGCGGCCGCCCCUCCCCGGGCCUGAGAGCGCCGAGCCGCGAGGCCCGGCCGGGACAGCGGCCGGGAAUGCCGGGGGCGCGGCGCCGACGCCGAGGCGCGGCCAUGGAGGGGAAGCCCCGCGCCGGGGUCGCGCUGGUCCCGGGGCCGAGCGGCCGCGGGCCUUCCGCCCGCCGCCGUCGCCGUCGCCGCCGCCCGGGGCUGCUGCUCCCCGGCCUCUGGUUGCUGCUGCUGGCCCGGCCUGCCUCGUGCGCCCCAGAUGGGCUCUCCCUGGAGCAGCACAACCUUUCUUUGUACUCCGUGGAGCUCAUGCUGAAGAAAAGCACCGCGUACAGUGCUGCACAUGUGGCCUUAACUGAAACCGCACCAUGGUCCCAGUCAAGCAGCCCGCUUCUCAUCGUGGGCCCUCCAUUCACCACCACUUUUGAUACCACCUUUUUUAACCAAGGCACACAGACCCAAAGUCCAGUGGACCAUAGCAUCUUUGUGGCAAGCUACGUGUCCGUGACCAGCAAUGAGGUGCCCCUGGAUGAUGAGGACAUGGAUAACUUUCUCCCUGACACUCAGUGGACUGCAUCGCAAGGGGUUUCUCCAAUACAGUACAUCCCAGCCAGCCCACUGGGCUUGCCAAAAGACACAUUAGCACCCAUCCCCACGCCAUCACUACCCGUGACUUCUUUAGAAGAUGCAGAAUUCAGGACAGCCUGGGAAAACCCAGUGCAGCCACCGUUGACGCCUGCUGAGUCCCUUGGGCGUGUCAGCGUGUUCUGGCCAGCUGUUCCCACCUACGAGGGCAAUGCUCUGACCCCCGGUGGGAACUCGGUGCUUUAUCCCACUGCCACUUUCAGUCACUUACCAAGCAGGACUUUGCCAGGGAUCGUGGCUUCCAUGGCAGAAGACGCAGUAACCCCCCUCUUUAGCUCCUGGUCUUCAGUGUCUCGGCCACCAGGGGAUGGCAUCACUCAACUGCCAUUUCCCUCCCCGCCCAAGGGCUUGCAUUCUCUGGAGGGUGUUUUGGCCACAAGUACAGACCGGUGCCCUGAUGUGACCACUGCUGUGAGCCGACACGUGGAGGAAAGCAUCUCUCCAGGGACAUCCUCUCCCCUGGCUGCCUCACUCAACGCCCUUGGUCUCAGCACCCCAGAUUCUACUUUGUCGUCAACUCCUCUUAGGCUUGAAUCCAUUCCUCCUCCAUCAGUGGAUGCUUCCCGUAGCCCUUUUCUUCCCAGCAGUGCCAGGGAAGCAUCAGUCUUGCCUGGCAGUUCCAUGGUGCCCAGCCAUGUGGAACACACUCCCAGCCUAAGCCCCGUGUCCUGGUUCAGGCCGUCGGCAUGGUGCGUGUCCUGCACCCUGCCAUCUCCUCACCAGGUUCUGGCCACAAGCGCCCCGGAAAGAGACGUGGGAUCCGGGGAUGGUGCAGAGACCCUGUCCUUGUCCGUGGUAGCAGCGAGCAGCGUCCCUCCACCGAGCAGCAGUGUAGUCGCCGACUUCUCUGAGUUUGAGGAGGAGUCGCCAGAGUUUAACACACUUUUCCCUUCCAGACCUGUUGUGCCCCUUGCUUCCAGGUCUGUGGGUGUCUCAGAAAGGAGUCUUGGCACUUCCGCUGAGGUGGAUCUGAGCAGCUCUGGGGCUGUGCAGGUGUAUCCUUCCCACAGCCACCUCUCCGUGCCCAUGUCGUUGGAUCCCUCUUCAGGCUCCUCCUUGGUUACUGCAACUGGGGUGAUGCCACCCAGCUGGACCACCAUGCUGCUUCCGGCCUCUGCCAGCCUUCCUCUCCACUCAUCUUUCUUGGUGACGCCAUUGCUCCCCACCCUCGCCUCCAGCCUGUUUGCACCUUCUGGUGCACUUCCUUCCGCGGAGCCCUCACCGUUCUCUGACCGAGAGCACCCCGGGGUUUUCCAAUCUGCAAGCAGUUUGGAUUUCUUUUCAACUACACCGCCAGCAUCGGGCAGCUUGGCUGCUUGGUCCUCAGAGGGUCUCGUUCCUGUGUCUCCCGAGGUGUCUCCUGUGGCGAGCGGCUCCUCAGUCAUCGCAGCGACACGGUCACCACUGCCAUCUGCCUCCGCCCAGUUUGGGACGGUUCCACCUUCUGACUCCCUGCAUUUGCAGUCCCCAUCCCUGUCUCUCCCUGAGUCCACACACUUGGAGUUUUCUCAGCUCAGGCCUAGUUCAGCCCUGACUUUGAACACUGUCACCUCUGUGCACAGCCGUGCCGAGGUGUCACCAGCCUCGAUCCUCCCCUCCAAUCACAGCCAGUUCCUGGAAGCCACCACCAUUCCACUGACAGACCCAGGCGCUCACUUUACCUCAGCCUUCACUGAAACCACCUCCAGUGUGGUCUGGUCCUCCCUCGGCCCCCAUGAAUCAGAAUCCACGGUGGCCUUGGGGGUGCCCUCCAACUGGGAGCCAGCCUCUGAUGCCUCCCCCACGGGGACUGCCCCCGCAAUGUCCUCAGUGGUGUUCGCCACCAGCCCCACCUCUUCCCAGUUGCUGGAGGUCUCGACUGUGAUGCCACCUCAUGAACACACAGCCAUCUUCCCCGCCCUCUCCAGUGUCGUAUCUGUGGGUCUAGCAGUGACCAGCUCCGUGUUCCCGUCGUCAUCGUUGUCCUCCAUGACACUCCUUUUCGUCUCCCAAGUGACCCCAUCACCCCUGCCCACAGGGCCAGGCCCCAUGGGGCCCUCUUUGACACCCCCAGAUGUGCAGAGGAAUCCCUCCACGGAAGCUGGCAUGACGUCUACCCCUAGCACUGCGGAUGCUGUGGAUGCCACGGACACUGCCCAGGAACACAGCCAGGCGGGCACUCGGAGCCCCUCAGCGGCCAGCACCGCCCCUCCCCUGCCCUCGCUCCAUGCUGUCACCACCUCCACUCUCCAAGCUGCUGUUGAUGUGCCUGCACUGGCUGCCACCAAGCCACCGUAUGUGUGUGACAUUACGGUCCCCGAUGCCUAUUUGAUCACCACGGUGCUGGCCAGAAGAGCUGUGCAGGAGUAUAUCAUUACAGCGAUCAAGGAGGUGUUGAGGAUUCACUUCAACCGCGUGGUGGAGCUCAAGGUUUAUGACCUGUUCACCGACUUCACUUUCCUGGUGACCUCUGGUCCUUUCGUGUACACGGCAAUAUCUGUGGUCAACGUGCUCAGCAGCAGCAAGCUCGUGCGUGGCCAGACCCCUCUCAUCCUGUCCGUGAGGCCUUCCUUCCUGGUGCCAGACUCCAGGUUCCAGGUGCAGACAGUUCUUCAGUUUGUGCCUCCAAGCGUGGACACUGGCUUCUGCAACUUCACCCAGCGCAUCGAGAAAGGCCUGAUGACAGCUCUCUAUGAAGUGAGAAAACAUCACCAGGGGACGUACAACCUCACGGUGCAGAUCUUGAACGUCACCGUCAGUUCCUCUCGGGCAGCUCCCCGCCGGGGCCCCGUGAACAUCAUCUUUGGUGUCAGGGGCACACAGGGAUUUCUGAACGGGUCGGAAGUGAGCGAGCUGCUACGGAACCUGAGUGUGGUGGAGUUCAGUUUCUACCUGGGCUACCCAGUGCUGCAGAUCGCAGAGCCCUUCCAGUACCCACAGCUCAACUUAUCUCAGUUGCUGAAGUCAUCCUGGGUCAGAACAGUCCUCCUGGGUGUUGUGGAGAAGCAGCUGCAGAAUGAAGUGUUUCAAGCUGAGAUGGAGCGUAAGCUGGCCCAGCUGCUCAGUGAGGUUUCCAGCCGGAGGCGUGUGUGGAGACGGGCCACCAUCACCGCUGGGAACAGUGUGGUGCAGGUGGUGAAUGUGUCCCGGCUGGAGGGGGAGGACAAUCCCGUGCAGCUCAUUUACUUCGUGGAAGACCAGGAUGGAGAAAGGCUCAGUGCGGUCAAGUCCUCGGACCUGAUAAACAAGAUUGACCUCCAGAGGGCGGCCAUCAUCUUGGGAUACCGAAUUCAAGGGGCCAUUGCCCAACCUGUGGACAGGGUGAAGAGGCCGUCCCCAGAGGCCCAGAGCAGCAACCUGUGGGUCAUCGUGGGCGUGGUCAUCCCUGUGCUGGUGGUCAUGCUGAUCGUCACCAUCCUCUACUGGAAGCUGUGCCGCACAGACAAGCUGGACUUCCAGCCCGACGCUGUCGCCAACAUCCAGCAGCGGCAGAAGCUGCAGAUCCCCAGCGUGAAGGGCUUCGACUUUGCCAAGCAGCACUUGGGACAGCACAACAAAGAUGACAUCCUGAUUAUCCACGAACCAGUGCCGCCCCCGCCACCCGGGCCCGCCAAGGAUCACCCCACGCCCUCGGAGAACGGAGACUUGCCAAGCCCCAAGUCCAAGGGACCUCCCAAGAACCUCCGCCACCGAGGAGGAGUGUCCCCCUCCGAUGCUGAUUCGACGGUCAGCGAAGACUCCAGCGAGAGGGAUGCAGGAGAGAAGACACCAGCAGCCGCGCCCAAGGCCAAGGCCCACAGAGCAGCCCCCAGUGGGCCUGCUCUCCCCAGCUCAGGGAAUGAACAGCAUUCCUCAGCCUCUAUCUUUGAGCACGUGGACAGGAUUUCCCGCUCCUCGGAAGCCAGCCGGCGGGUCCCCAGUAAGAUCCAGCUAAUCGCCAUGCAGCCCAUCCCGGCACCCCCGGUGCAGCACCCUGUCCUGGCCGACCGAGUAGCAGAAACCAACAAGAUCAACAAAGAGAUCCAGACCGCACUGCGGCACAAGUCGGAGAUUGAGCACCACCGCAACAAGAUCCGCCUGCGUGCCAAGCGCCGCGGGCACUACGAGUUCCCGGUGGUGGAUGAGCUGUCCUCGGGUGACACCAGGGAGCGGCACCGUGUGUACCGCAGGGCACAGAUGCAGAUCGACAAGAUCCUGGACCCCACGGCCAGCGUGCCCUCCGUGUUCAUAGAGCCCCGGAAGAGCUCACGGAUAAAGCGUUCUCCUAAGCCCCGCCGGAAACACCAAGUGAACGGCUGCCCCGCGGACGCCGAGAAGGACAGGCUCAUCACCACCGACAGCGAUGGCACCUAUAAGAGGCCUCCCGGCGUUCACAACUCGGCCUACAUUGGGUGCCCAUCCGAUCCCGACCUCCCGGCAGACGUGCAGACACCGUCCUCGGCUGAGCUGGGGAGGUACCCGGGCCUGCCCUUCCCGGCCUCCCAGUACAUCCCGCCACAGCCGUCCAUCGAGGAGGCACGCCAGACCAUGCACUCCCUCCUGGAUGACGCCUUUGCCCUUGUGGCCCCCAGCAGCCAGCCAACCAACGCCGCAGGUGUGGGCCCAGCUGGCCUGCCUGUGAACGGCACCCCUUCCCGGGAAGAGAGGCGAACCGCCCAGUGGGGCUCCUUCUACAGCCCAGCGCAGUCAGUCAACAAUCCAUGCAGCAGAUACGAAGACUAUGGAAUGACGCCCCCUUCAGGUCCGUUGCCAAGACCAAGUUUCAGCCCUGGUUUGCUGCAGUCUUCAGAGUUGGUGACCCCAGAGUCCCAACAGCCACAGGCAUCUGCCGAAGCUCCAUUUGCUGCCCGGGGUAUCUACUUAGACGAGGGGCCAUCAGCAGCCCGGCCUCGACCUGUCGGGGGAACCACAGGCUCCCAGAUCCAACACCUGACACAGGUGGGAAUUGCUAGCAGAAUCGGAGCCCAGCCCGUGGAAAUCCCGUCAGGCAGAGGCAGCCAGUAUGGGGGACCAGGCUGGCCUGCCUACGGGGAGGAGGAAGCCAUGCGAAGAGACGCCACCCAUUUGCUUGGACAUCAAGAGUAUUCUUCUUCACCGCUGUUUCAGGUGCCAAGGACUUCAGGCAGGGAGCCCUCGGCCCCUCCCGGGAACCUCCCCCACCGAGGGCUGCAGGGCCCUGGGCCAGGCUACCCGACCAGUUCCACGGAAGACCUCCAGCCCAGCCACUCCUCGGCCUCCCUCAUCAAAGCGAUCCGCGAGGAGCUCCUCCGCCUCUCACAGAAACAGAGCCCAGUGCAGAACUUCCACAGCUGAUGGGCCGCACGCCCUGCGGACUCGCCAAGUAUUCGCUUCCCGUGGAAGCAAGGACCACAGGAGAGCAGCUGAAGGAAUUUUGGCAAGCAGAACGAGCAUCUCCCAGGCAAGCUGCCCAAGGAACGGAGUGUGUUGCAAUUUCAGAGGAUGCCCUAAAACACACAACAGUUCGUGAGACUUCUCGUGGAGGGAAUUCUGUGAUCCCCCAAGGGUUCAGUUGAAAUGUAUUUGCUUUUUUGGCCAAAAGCCAGCAGCACUUCACA